AGCCUUGCAAGUGUUAUGCGUUCUUACACUAUUGCCCUGUAUCUGAUUUAGUUCCGUGUGUAAACAACAUUCACAGUGUACCGACUCUAUCGGGGCUGCUUCAGGACAGAAAAAUUAGAUUUGUGCGACUUUAAAGUGGAUCAGUGUUUUGUAAUGAUCCCCUCUUCUUUUUUUUUUUCCUCCCUCUGUGCGCCUGCCUAUUAUUAGCUACGGAGGCCUUACAGUAAGUGCAAGUUGGCUCCAUGACGGUCAGAGCUGCAGCUCUGCAAGCAGCGGCACAUUUCAGAGCAGCGGUCGGGCUCCUUGCACUGCGGUCGCCUUUAUAUGCACUGAUCCAGAGGGGCUUUUCACCUAAACGUCAGCGCUCGGUCGGCUAUUUUCCAAGCCUCGGUCGGAUCUCCUUGCCCCGAAGAUGAAGCAGAACACGAGCAGCCGUCAGGUGCGAGCCGCAUCCGAUGGAGCCACGCUUUCCGACUCGCUCAUCGACCAACCUAAUGCAGCACUUCCUUUUGUUGCGGUCCCAGUUGACAGAUACUGAUAUGGACUAUGAGAGGCCAAACGUUGAAACUAUCAAGUGUGUGGUGGUGGGAGACAAUGCAGUUGGAAAGACCCGCCUUAUCUGCGCCCGGGCCUGCAAUGCCACACUCACUCAGUACCAGUUACUCGCUACGCAUGUGCCCACAGUUUGGGCAAUCGAUCAGUACAGAGUAUGCCAAGAGGUGUUGGAGCGCUCCAGAGAUGUAGUGGAUGAUGUGAGUGUGUCUCUCCGGCUAUGGGAUACUUUUGGAGAUCAUCACAAGGACCGGCGUUUUGCAUACGGCAGGUCUGAUGUUGUGGUGCUGUGCUUCUCCAUCGCCAACCCCAACUCUCUGUACCAUGUAAAGACCAUGUGGUACCCUGAGAUCAAGCACUUCUGUCCCCGCGCUCCUGUCAUCUUGGUAGGGUGCCAGCUGGACCUGCGCUAUGCAGAUCUGGAGGCAGUCAACAGGGCACGGAGGCCUUUGGCCAGACCUAUAAAAUCCAACGAGAUUCUUCCACCAGAGAGAGGAAGGGAGGUAGCCAAAGAGCUGGGCGUCCCGUAUUAUGAAACCAGUGUCGUUGCUCAGUUUGGUGUCAAGGACGUCUUUGACAACGCCAUCCGAGCUGCUCUCAUCUCUCGCCGCCAUCUGCAGUUUUGGAAAUCUCACCUCAGAAAUGUCCAGCGGCCUCUACUCCAAGCGCCCUUCCUCCCCCCGAAGCCUCCCCCGCCUAUCAUCACUGUGCCACCUCCCCCCUCCACCACAGAAGAGCACCCGGCCAGCCUGCUGGAGGACCCGCACUGUGCUGAUGUCAUCCUGGUCCUACAGGAGCGACAGAAAAUCUUUGCACACAAGAUAUACUUGGCAACAUCCUCCUCAAAGUUUUAUGACCUCUUCAGUAUGGACACGCAAAAUGAGGAGACUGAACAGCCCCCGCGUGGCCCCCUCUCUGGCAGAGAGCUGCUGAUGCGUGCUGCUAGCUUCGAUGUUUGCGAGAGCAGCGACGACGGAGACAGGGCCAACCUGCGGGCGUGCACGAGCGACGGCACCUUGAAGGGCUCUGAGGGCGCCCGGCGCGGCAGGCUGCUCUCCUCAUGGAGUCGAGCCUUCGUCAGCAUUCAGGAGGAGCUGGUGGACGACCCUGUGACGUACACCCCCAGAUUCAUGACCGUCGUCCACAUGGACCUGUCCAUCCAGCUCGGACCUUUUCGAGCAGUGCUUCGCUACCUGUACACCGGUCAGCUGGACGAGAAUGAGAAGGAACUCAUGCAGAUUGCGCACAUCGCUGAGCUGCUGGAGGUCUUUGAUCUGCGGAUGAUGGUGGCGAACAUACUUAACAACGAAGCCUUCAUGAACCAGGAAAUCACCAAAGCCUUCCAUGUACGCCGCACAAACAGAGUAAAAGAGUGCUUGGCUAAAGGCACCUUUUCUGAUGUGGUAUUCAAGCUCGACGAUGGGACAAUCAUGGCCCACAAGCCUUUGCUCAUCUCUAGUUGUGACUGGAUGGCAGCUAUGUUUGGUGGACCUUUCGUUGAGAGCUGCACCAAAGAGGUGCUGCUUCCCAACACGACCCGGAGCUGCAUGCGAGCCGUGCUGGAGUAUCUCUACAUGGGCAGAUUCUGCUCUCGGUCGGACUUGGAUGCAAUGGAGCUCAUUGUUCUUGCCAACCGUCUUUGCCUGCCCCACCUGGUCGCUCUCACAGAACUCUACACAGUAACAGUUCUGACGGAGUCGGCGAUGAUGGGGACGGAUAUCGAUGGCGAUGUGCUGAUAUACUUGGAUAUGGCCCAGUUCCACGGAGCCCAGCAGCUGACUGGAUGGUGCUUGCACCACAUCUGCACCAACUACAACAGUGUCUGCCGCAAGUUUCCACGUGAAAUGAAGGCAAAGUCCACAGAGAACCAAGACUACUUUGAGAAACAUCGCUGGCCACCAGUUUGGUACUUGAAGGAAGACGACCACUACCAAAGAGCACGCAAAGAGCGUGAAAAAGAGGAUUACCUGUACCAGAGACGGCAAUGUAAACGCAAGUGGCUCUUCUGGAACCUUCCUUCCUCCCCAAACUCAAACUCACCCUCUGGAUCAUCUGCCAUUAUUUGACCAGGUGGUAAGGGCGGGGUCCAGUCUGGAGUCCAUCUGUAUGUUUGCAAAUUGUAAAGGACACAAUAGAAGACAAGCGCUGAUAGCUUGGUAUACUCCAAACAUUCAGGCAGACUGUUUAUCCCCCUGCCUCUGUGGGCAUACGCUCCAGGUUUGCAAAGUCAGCUCAGAGUUGUGAAUAAAUUUAAAAGUAUUACUCCUUACAAUUUCAGACAAACCUCCGUGGUAUAAACCGUCUUGACUUAUGGCACAGUGGAACAAGUGCGAAGAUCAGAUCUCGUGGAUUGCUAAAUAUGCCCUUAUUAGAAUUUUAAGUUUAAUAAAUACAAAUUUGUCGGCACAGAACUUUCAACCUGCGGCUAUAAAUAAAUACCAAUAACCUGAGCUGACAACUAAGUGCUGCUUACCAGCUGUGACAACCAGCAAUUCAACAGUAACUCAAGUCUCAGAGAUAAAACACUUUGCCCUCAAGUGGUUGUACAAUCUGUCAGAUCGCAUGUUGAUCCUGAUUUCAAACUGGAGAUAACAAAAGUACGGCUUGUCUGGAAAGAGCAAACUACAGUAAUUCAUUUGGAAGUUUCUAUGACGAUCAUGUCUACAAAAAAAAAAAAAACAACCACACAAAAACUUCUAUUCCUGUUAUUUUUGUAUGUUUGUUUAACUUUGCAGAAUUUGUACAAUAAGCUUGCACAGCUUAACCUGGUAUCUCUUGACACACAUACCACCUACAUAUGGUGAUCUUUUGGUCUGUGGCUUUUUGCCACAAAAGGGCUUAAGUUCACAUGAAUGGAUACAGUGUCAUCUGACACAAAGGCUUCCUGCUUCGAAUUGCUCCGUUCUUUCAAUUGCCCCUGAAUGCAGCUAUCACCACUGCUAUUCUAAACAGGUUUGCUCAACGUGGAUUAAUAGCACACAUGUUCAACUACAUGUCUCCAUAAAAUAGUCCUGUCAUUUUGACUGCUGUCAUCCUAAAAAGCAACAGAUAAUGUAUUAAUCAUCAGAGCUGAAGUGAUUGUAUUGUUACUGUAUUGUUGUCUGUGGUGGGAACUUGUUUUUAAGAGAUUUGCCCCUUUGAGGGUGAUUGGUUAUUUGAAAUCUGUACAUGGCAGAGUCGGUGGGUGUCGGUCGGCGUGUUAACUUACUACUGGAUGAUCUAAUCCCUGCCCUUCAACAUCACCACAAGCUCUUUCUGAACUCCAGAGAGAAACAUAUGAACUUCCAGCGGCAGCAUACUGCUGAGCAGCAUUAGACUGUAUCAUGCUAUGUCAAGACAGGCUGCAGAGGAGACAAAACCAAGACAUUUAAGGUCGCUCAAUUCAGUUUGUGACUAUCAAAGCAUCUUUCUGGAUUUGUUUUGCACACCUUGCUGUAUGUCAUUUUCAAGAUUGUCAUCUACUGUUGCUCUUGAUUGUAUGAUGGGCUGCAGAAUGUUUCAGAUUUGCAGGCAUGGUGCUCAGAGAGGAUGGGUAGUACUGUAAAUUGUAUUAAAUAUCAGAUAAACUCUAAUGUACUGCUGUUAACCAAUAUUGUGCACUGCUGGCAGUGAGCAAAAUCUUACUGUAUUACUCAGUAAAACUGAAAAUAGACUUAUGGAAAUAGUUUUUAGUUACUGUGCAGCUAUUUACAUGAUGUUUGAAAUAACUGAAUACUUAUUGUGCUGACUUCCAGCUACAUCUGUUACAUACUUUACUGUACAUGCAAAUUAUAGGCAGGUAAAUUUAACAAUGGAUUAUACUGUAUGUAAAAUAGAGUUUCAAAGUAAAGUAGAUAUUCACAUAUAUGAAUUAUAUCAUGAAAAUGUACGUUACAUCCUGAAAUCAUGCUCUGGUUGUACGAAAACAGACUU